AUGUCGCUUCUCCGACUCGCGCUAUGCGUUUGCGGAGUGUACUCUAUGUUCCUGUUAUGGGCGAUAGCACAGGAAAGAUUGUCGGUACCGUUUCAGUCGAUAGAUGGCAAGACAUCCGAUAAAUUCAAGUCCCCCCUGUUCAUGGGCACAUGUCAGAGUGCCCUCAGUUGUAUAUCAGCUCUGGUAUACAUAAUACUACGUCGCAAGUCUACUGCGACCUUCUCCCAAACCCUCGGUCUGCACCUGACGUCCGAAACCCCGCACCAGACCGAACACAACGAAAAACACGCGCAGAACGGGAACGCGAUCAGCCACGCGAACGGAAACGGAAUUGCUCAUAUCGCACAAAACGGUUCGAGCCACAAACCCAAAGUCGAUACCCGUUUCUCCACGUCAGCGCUACUCCUCCGAUACCUCCAAUGCUCCGUCUUCAUAACGUCCGCUGCACCUUUCGGCUUCGCUGCCCUUGGGUAUAUCUCGUAUCCCGCCAUGGUGCUGGGAAAAUCGUGCAAGCUCGUUCCUGUCAUGAUCAUGAACGUCCUCCUCUACCGCAGAAAAUUUGCACCCUAUAAGUACCUUGUAGUACUCAUGGUCACCCUCGGCAUAACCAUCUUCAUGGGCUUUGGCAACGACUCAAAGAAGGGAAAGCACUCCUCUAACACCGCCGCCGCCGCGCCUUACGCUAACUUGAUAGGGAUUACCUAUCUAUUAAUCAACUUGGCGCUCGACGGCGCCACCAACUCGACUCAGGACGAGAUAUUUGCGAGACACAAGGUCACGGGGCAGCAAAUGAUGUUCUGGAUCAACCUUUUCUGUACAGUUUUGACGUCGAUCCUCUCUGUCCUUCCGCUCCCAUACAUCCCCAUUAUCCACCCGUCCACCGACGGUCAGACGGAGUUGAUGGGCGCGGUGACAUUCAUCCGCAACCACCCGUCUAUAAUAACACCCUUGGCACAGUUUGCCUUGACAGGCGCGUUGGGUCAACUAUUCAUUUUCGAGACGCUGCAACAUUUCGGCUCGCUGACGCUUGUCACAAUAACGCUAACUCGCAAACUGUUUACGAUGCUGCUGUCUGUCAUUGUGUACAACCACAAGCUGACUCCGGGUCAAUGGCUGGGAGCUGCCGUGGUCUUUGCGGGUAUAUCCGUCGAAGCGUUGGUGAAACGAAAGGAUGUGCACGCAAAACGUGUCAUUCAGGAAAAGGAAAAACCUAAAAUUAAAUCAAUAUAG